GGAAUGUUGGGGAAGUAUUGUUUAACUGCCAUCAUGGCUUCCCUUGCUUACCUCUGUGGCCUGGGAAGAGGAAGCAGAAGCCCAGCAGGACAUGCCUGCCAAAUUUCAAGAUCAGCUUACUCCCAUCUCUCUCUGUAAAGUCCAUUCCCUAACUCUGUCCCCUGCUAACCCCAGUCCUGACCUUCUCUCAUGACCAGUUUCAGAAAGGAAAGAAAACCCCUUGGCUCCAAAAUGACAUCUGGAGAACCAAAGACAAGCCUCAAGGAUGCCUACCCGUCUGCCAAGAGUCUGCUGCCAAAGGCAGAGGAGGAGGGGGAGGCAGAUGACUACUGUACCCCUGGAGCCUUCGCGCUGGAGCGGCUCUUCUGGAAGGGCAGUCCUCAGUACACCCAUGUCAACGAGGUCUGGCCCAAACUGUACAUUGGCGAUGAGGCCACCGCGCUGGACCGCUACAGUCUGCAGAAGGCGCGCUUCACUCACGUGCUGAACGCGGCCCACGGCCGCUGGAACGUGGACACGGGCCCCGACUACUACCGAGACUUGGCCAUUGAGUACCACGGCGUGGAGGCCGACGACCUGCCCACGUUCGACCUCAGCGUCUUCUUCUACUCGGCGGCCGCUUUCAUCGACUCUGCGCUCCGAGGCGACCACAAUAAAAUCCUGGUUCACUGUGUCAUGGGCCGCAGCCGGUCAGCUACCCUGGUCCUGGCCUACCUGAUGAUCCACAGGAACAUGACCCUAGUGGACGCCAUUCAACAAGUGGCCAAGAACCGCUGUGUCCUACCCAACCGGGGCUUUCUGAAGCAGCUCAGAGAACUGGACAAACAACUGGUGCAGCAGAGGCGACAGGCCCAGUGCAGCGACAAUGGUGAGGUGGUCGGUGAGGAGGAGCCGUAGGGCUUCUCCAGGGUCCACAGAGACACUUGGGGAUGGAGAGAGAAGGCUGACAUAUCUCUGGCCUGUGAUUUUGUUGGUCACAGAGAAGGGACAGUGAAAUCAAAGCUUCUUCCAAACAAUGGGAAACUUCCCAGGGUACGUGGUAACGAACAGGGACGGUCCGAAGCGCACCACUGGCUGAGCGUAAUACUUGGCUUGACUACAAAAUGGAGCAGACUGACUUCCCAGCAGAAUUGGUUACAGAUGAGCACAUAGUUCUGCACAAAGGCGCCAGUAUUUUAAAAACACUUUUUUUGGAAGGUGGAGUAGAAAGACAUAAAAUGUGUAGGCAUUGUUCUGUAAUUAAAACAUUUGGCUUUGUCUGAAAGUCACAGUCUUAUAAAAAUAAUUUUAAAAUAUACAUGUAUUUUCUAACCACAGAAAAGUGCCUGUGAGAGCUGUGUUUCAGCGAGUUCGCACAGCUUAUUAGUGAGCCCCCUCUCUGAGGCCUUCCCAUUUCUUUACUGUUCCUAUAGCUUCUUUUCUGUGGAAUCCCCAGGGUCUGUCCAUAGAUUCUCUAAAAGCUGCAGAGACCACCUCACUUGAUAGAGGUGGGGAUCUUGAACAUCUGUACAGAGGCUCCUGCUUUAGUCUCCCCCACCUUCCUCAGGGAGUUAAGGCUCUUCAGAAUCUUAGCCAGAUUAAGGAAGAAAAAAAAAAACAACAGAAAAAUUAAAUGAAUUGUGGUUAAAUUUGGAUAAGAGU